AUGCAUGGAUCCGGUAGUAAGACUGGGGAACCUGAUGUUGUGUUUACUUCCAAAAACAAUGCUCUGGUUUCUCAGCCUUCAGGAUCUGGCUCUUCUGUUGUUUCGCCUCAUCGCCUGACUUCUGUAGAAAAAGACAAACUGAAAUGUGAUCACUGUGGUGAUAAAAGCCAUACUAUAAACACCUGCUGGGCAUUGCAUGGGAUCCCUGAUUGGAAAAAGGAAUGGAGACGCUUGAAAAGAGAACAACUGGGUAGCAAAGCUCAUGUGGCUGACACCACCACCCAUAUAGCCGUUGCCACCAGUAGGCAUGGCGACCUAGCUGCCGCUCCUGCUCUGGCCAUGACCACAACCUCGGGCACCUCACAAUCUUUUGCACCUCCUCCGUCUCCAGGAAACUCCUCUCCCCUCCCCCCCGCCCUCCAGGCAUUAUUAGUCAUCCUACAAUUAUGUACACCACUUUCUGACGUGCAUAUGAGGAUUAACAGCAGCCUCACCUUUGAUACCAUAUUACACAAUCACCAGACCUCAAAAGCUUAUUCGAUUAGGAAUGGGCCAACCAUGUUUACCAAGUUUGAUCUUUCGUCUCCGCCUGUAAGUAGAGGGCUUCCUAUCACUCGAGUGAUAUGCAGGAUGGAGCUUCAAGAUAUCUUAGUCAAUGCAGUCGGAUCGGACAUUGUGAGAAACAAUUCUAAAGUGGUCGACUUCAUUGAAGAGCCUAGCAAGGUCACGGUGAUCCUUGAAGAUGGACAGCAAUAUCAUGGUGAUGUUUUAGUAGGAGCUGAUGGAAUAUGGUCAAAAGUGCGAUCGAAAUUAUUUGGCAGACAGGAAGCAAAAUACUCAAAUUACACCUGCUACAGUGGAAUGACAAAAUUUGUCCCGCCAUACAUUGAUAGUGUUGGGUAUCGGAUCUUCUUGGGAUUGAACCAGUACUUUGUUGCAUUAAAUGUUGGGAAUGGGAAUAUGCAAUGGUUUGCCUUCCAUAAGCAGCCGCCUAUGAGUUCUGAUCCUCCUGAAGGUAAAAAGAAGAAGCUCCUGGAGGAGAUAUUUGGAAAGUGGUGUGAUGAAGUGGUUGCUCUAAUUGAAGAAACACCAGAGUCCAUGAUUUUACAAAGGGAUAUCUACGAUAGAGACAUGAUCUACGCAUGGGGAAUUGGGCGUGUUGCUCUGUUAGGCGAUGCUGCUCAUCCGUUGCAGCCAAAUCUUGGCCAAGGGGGUUGCAUGGCAAUUGAGGACUGUUACCAGCUCAUACAUGAGCUUGAUCAAGUUCCCAACACCAGCUCAGAUGCGAUUUGCUUGGCACUAAGACGAUACGCAAAGAAAAGAAUCAGGCGUGUUGGUAUAGUGCAUGCAGCCACCCGAAUAGCAUCAGAACUACUUGCUAUGUAUCAACCAUGCAUACAUGCCAACAAAUUUAAAACUGGUCAUAUGGCUCAUCUGUCAACUCUACAGAUAACGAACCCUGCAUUUCGAAUGGGUCAGGCAUUUCUACAGUAUCUUUUGCCAGAAUUUAUGACUUGGCUGAUAGCAGGGCACGGGUUAAGUCUCAAAUCUCAAAGAGAGAGAGAGAGAGAGAGAGAGAGAGAGAGAAAGGGAAGCAAAACAAACUUAGAUGACUUCUCUGUUAGAAUUGAAGUUGAUAACCUUCCUACUUAAA